GCAGACACUGGACACUCAUCAGCUAACUGGUUAAGAUGACUUUUGUUGGAGGAUGGUCGCAGAUAAUGCCUGCCACAGAGGAGGUCCAGAAAAUCUGUGACCAGAUGAGGCCACAAUUGCCAGAGCGCUAUCCAAUAUUCAAAGCGAUUACUUAUCAGCUGCAAGUGGUGGCAGGGUUGAACUACUGCAUUAAGGUCGAAACUGGUGUAAAUUGUCUGGGUUCUCUCUAUAUUUAUGUGUUUCGAGAUCUUUCUGACCAACUGAUGUUGAAGGAUCAUGUCUGGAGAAAACUCUCUGAGCUCUGUGAAGCAUCAACAUUGCCAUUCCCCCUGGACCAGAUAAAACAGCAUGCAGAGGACAGAACAGGGAAGAAGUAUGACAUUUUUAGAGGAAUAAAUUAUAAGACUGAGAGGGAUGAAGAUGCAAAAUAUUUCAUCAAGGUACAGGUUAGUGAAUGCAUCAAAGACCAUCUCAUCCUGAGGGUGGAUUAUGAUCGUAGCCCAAAAAGCAACCCAACUCUGCACAACCUGCUUCUGGACAAAACCCUCCAAGACCCUAUUGAGUACUUUGAAUGAAUCCUGACCUCUAACCUCAUCAGGUGCUUCUGAUGAACCAUGUCCCAACUGAGGACUAUCUUGAAUGUAUGUUCACAUGCUCAGUUCUAGACAAGACCCGAUUUUGGUGCAUGGUUAAUAAAGAUAUUAUAUUGUAA